AUGUCUCCUCAGCCCGACCCAUCUUCUCCCAUAGAACAACCUGAUUUGACCCCAGCUGUGACCAAUUCUGAAUUAGUUGCCCAACCCGUUGAUGCUGUUGAUACCAAUGCGACACCGGCAGUUGAGGCCCAGAUCAUCGAGCCCACUCAGUCUGAUUUGCACCCUGACGCGGCACUCCUUGAUGAUCAUUCAGGCAACAAGGAAGAAACGGGCUCAAAAGAGUCGGCUGGGCCAUUAGAUGAAAAUACUCGCGAAGUUGUAUCAGACCCUGUUUCCGGCAAUCAUGAGACGCCAGUUCUCAACACCAUCCAGAAACAGUUGAGCCGCCCUCGGAAAUACGAUGAGGUUGAGAUUCCGUGCAACGAAGUACAAGACUCUAUUGAUGCGGCAGACAGUGUCGCAAUCGCAUCUAGUCCCCCUGGGAAACAUCACCCUGAUUAUGGUCAAAUGUUGAAACCUCUCGACCGGACCACACCACAACCUGGCACCCAAGCUAUGUCGGCUCUCCCUGUCGAGCAUUUCGACAAAGACACAAGUGUCAGUUCUCCUCAGCUCAAUGAGCCUGUUGAUGUGGAUGAAGUGCUCCCAGUGGCAAGUGAAAUGCAUGAUGACCAUACCAUAGAAGGUGCUGCAGAGGACGCAAUUGAGCAGGCUGCAUUGUCAAACGAAAGUACCACCAAAAUUCUUGACCAGGUCUCUUCUCGCGUUGAAAACGAGCCUCGUUCUCUACACCCAAUUGCUGCCAAUGAUAAUUUGUCUGGGUCAUUGCACAUUGCUCCUCAAGAUGUCCCGAUCCUGAAGGACAAUGUAUCAGCAAUGAAUCCCGAAGAUGUCGCACAGGAGGAUCCUCUCAGAAACGAUCAUGGUAAUGAACUUGCCACGACCAUGCCCCUGUAA